AUGAAGCUCUCCAAUCCGGGGACAGUGCCGGUGUACACAAUUUCCGGCGCAUCUACUGCCCGACCGCUCCCAGACUGGCUUGCUCGCAGGCGGAAGAGAAGUUUGAAAAAUGACCCCGAAUAUCAGAACCGCGUUGAACUUCUCCAGGACUUCGAAUUCGAAGAAGCUAGUAACUGCAUUCGCGUGAGCGAAGAUGGCGAGUGGAUGAUGAGUACCGGCACCUACAAACCGCAGAUACACGUUCAUAACCUCCCACAACUUUCUUUGUCCUUUACUCGCCACACGAAUUCUUUGAAUCAUUCGUUCGUCCUCCUUUCUUCUGACUACUCGAAAUCACUUCAUCUCCAAAACGAUCGAAGACUCGAAUUCCACACCCCAAUGGGCUGCCACUACGAGGUCCGACUCCCAAGAUACGGGCGUGACGUGCUUUACGACCGCCAUGCCACCGAAGCUUUGGUGCCCGCGGUAGGUCUGGACUCGGAAGGGAAAGGCGAAGUCUUCCGCAUGAAUCUGGAUCAAGGACGUUUCAUGAAGUCGUACCAAAUCGACGUAGGCGGUGACGAUGAAUUGACUGGGGGCGGGUUGCAGGGUGGUAUUGGCGUUGGAAGCGUCAAUGUUGCCGCAAAUGCAGAAGACACACACAACCUCAUGGCGUUUGGAACGUCGAUGGGCACUGUUGAAUUCUGGGAUCCGCGGUCGAAAUCUCGAGUCGCAUUGCUAACUGGGCACGAUGGCGAGGUCACGGCAUUACAUUUCAGCUCGUCGGGAUUGUCGCUCGCCACCGGAUCUUCCAAUGGCAUGGUCCAACUCUUCGAUCUGCGUCGCCCGGUGGCUCUUCUCAAGAAGGAUCAUGGAUAUGGCUUUCCAGUCAAGAAACUUCUUCACAUGACAAAUUCGUCACAUGAAAAGAAAAUCAUGUCAGCCGAUAAGCGUAUCAUCAAGCUUUGGGAUGAGGCAAGUGGUGAGCCUUGGACGUCGGUCGAGCCUGUUGUGGAUAUCAAUGACGUGGCAUGGUGCAAAGAUACCGGUAUGCUCCUCACUGCUAACGAGGGCAAGCAACAACAUGCAUUCUUCAUCCCUCAGCUUGGUCCAGCACCGAAAUGGUGCCCAUUUCUCGACAGCAUGGUGGAGGAAAUGGCGGAGGAGGUACAUACCGAGACAUACGACAACUACAAGUUCUUGACUCUGCCAGAAUUAAAACAGUUGAGUCUAGGUCAUCUGAUCGGCAAGACAAACCUUCUGCGGCCAUAUAUGCACGGAUACUUCGUCGCUUCCAAGCUUUAUGAGCAAGCCAAGUUGAUCGUCAAACCAUAUGCCUGGGAAGAGGAGAGAAUGAAACGUGUCAAGGACAAAGUCGAAAAGGAGCGUGCCAGUAGAAUACGAGGCACCAAGAAGGUCAAGAUCAACCAGAAGUUGGUUGACAGGAUACUCAAGAAACAGGAGAAUAGAGAAAAGGUGGACACUAAUGCCGGUAUUUUGGGAGACGACCGAUUCGCAGCGCUCUUUGAAGAUGAAGAGUUCAAAGUGGACGAGACUAGCAAGACAUUCCAGCUGCUCAAUCCCAGUACACAUGUUGAGCAGCCUGUGGACCCAAAGGCUCCAACCCGCUACCAAGCUAAGGACUCUGAUGAUGAAUCCAGUGGAAGUGAAGACGAGAUUCGCAAUUCGGACAAAUUACGCAAUGAUGUGACGAUGAGGGUAUCGUCUACGCAAAACGAAGGUCGGCCUUUGCGGGACACCGCUCUAGGAUCGCGAGUGCAAAAAUCAGCGCGGGUGACCAAGUCCCAGCAUGGCGAUGUCGGCGGUGAACGCCAGGUUACAUUUAUUCCUGAAUCGAAGAAGAAACGGCUACAAGAACAAGCCGAACCAUCCUUUCGUCAACAGCCAAGAGGGGGACGAAGGAGUGCCAGCUCCAACACAUUCAGGAGAAUGUGA